GUUAACGAUAGGCGUCAGGACAAGAUCGGGUUGUGAUGCCAAGCAAGUGCCAAUCAGCCGCAGCCAUCAGUCUCAUCCAUCUCCUCUUCCAGCCAUCAUUUCAAAACUGAACCUGUUGGAGACCAAAAACCAUGUUGGAGAUAUCUGGGCUAGUCAACACUGUGGGUACCAAUGGCUCCCCAGUGCUGCAACAUGCUCUUUCCAUUGGCAGAGGUGGUGCUGUUGUGGUAGCGGCAUCUGCUCUCUCCUCCAUUGUUUCCUCUGCGGUGGAGGAUCUUCCUCGGGGCGGCGCUACCAACAAGAAAGCUGCUCCAUCCAAAAAGAACAAGGCUGUGGCAGUCAAAAAGAGUCCAAAGACAACAGCAGAAUCAUGGAUUGGUCCUCGUGGCAAGGCAGUUUUUUUCAUGGCAGUGGCCAUGUCCCUACAUUACCUGGGUUACUCCCUGGCUCGACCCAUUACCAUUUCACUCUUUACCUCGGAGACAUCUGGUUAUGGAAAAUAUGCUGCUGCUUUUCCAUUUGCCAUGGCCUUUGUCAGCCCCAUGUCCCUGGGAUUGCUGCUAGGAUAUGGCAGAGUUCUGGAUCAACAUGGUCCACGAGGGGCUCUCAUCCGAUCCACUAUCUUUUGUGCUACUGUCGUUAGUGCCUCGGCUAUUGCCAUUAAUUUGUUUGAAGCCUACGGGACACUCAUCAUGAAAGUUCCUGCUGCCAAGUUUGUGUCGGGACCACUCUUUGUCUUUCGAGAAUCCUAUGUCCAAUUGCUCACCACCCAAUAUUGGUCUUUCAUGGCAUCGGCACUGACACCCACCCAGAGUGCCAAAUGGUUUGGACCCAUUGCUGGGUUGACCAGUAUCACUUCAGCAAUUGCUGGAUUUGCUGUGUCUGAUAUCAUUGACUCGAUUGGAAUAUCCUUUUCUCUGCUGGGAACCGGAGUGACACUGCUUGUCAGCAUCUUUGCCGCCAACAUGGCCUAUGCCAUUUCCGAAGAACAUGGAUUCAGUCCAGUCGCCAAGAAACACGGCAGUAACAACAAACAGCAAGAGCAACAAAUGGGCAUGUUUGAAAAGGCCGCCAAGCUCUUUGCAAGGGUGCCUGUCUUGCUCAAGUUAUUCAUUGAGAUUUUGGCAUCCCAAGGUUUGGCUACUAUUCUCAAUGUUGCCUUUGUCGCUCGAUUGGCCCGAUCCAUCCCAAAUGAUGCCGAACGGGCUGGAUGGGUGGGCAAAUUCUUUUCCACAAUCAAUGUCAUUUCUAUGGUUCUUCAGUUUGGUAUUUUGCCACCCUUGCUCUCCAUUGUCGAACCCAGAAUUAUGUGGCGUAUCGUCCCCUUUAUUGCCAUGAUGUUCACAAGCUUCCAAGCCAGUCAACCAGACCCAACACUGUACAUUGUCAGUGCCACUCUGUUGGUCAUGAAAGUAUUGGAAUAUUCUGCACGAAGAAUGCUGGAUGAAAUGGUCUAUGUACCCUUGGAUUUUGAAAGUCGCUUUGUGGGCAAGGAAGUCAUUGGUGUCUUUGGAUAUCGAUUUGGAAAGUCACUCAUGUCAUUGGGACUUUCGGGAAUCACGGCUCUCUUUGGAGAUAUGGGAAUUCAAGAGUAUUCAAUCUUGGGAGCUGGUAUUAAUGUGCUGUGGUUCUGGGCAUCGUGGUCCUUGAGUAAUGAAGUACCAACACGAAAGGAAGCGGAAGAAAUCUAUCAACAACAAAGGAGCAAGAAGAGAGGAGGUGGCAAGAGAUGAGAUUUUGUAUGGAUGUGAUGUCUUCCUGACGGGCUGUUCAGACUAACUACAGGGCUUCAAAGCUGCGACGUGUUUCGAUGAAUCAAUCAAUCAAUGAAGAGUGUACGUUCCAUUUACUGCUAGUAGUGAGGUUACUCAAGUUGCAGGUUGAGGUUCCAAGCCAUCGGACGCACAGAAAGCUGCAGAUCUAGCUAGAGAAAUAAGUGUCUUUGUGGGUUAUUCGGUGCACUCUACCGUACAGAUCUAAACUAUAUGGUAAAAGACAAUAAUAGUGUCCGUGACGGACUCACAUAACUAUGAUAAAGCUGCCGCCUAUUGCUUGUUCCCA